AUGCAUGUUCAUUCUGCGACCGUCUUCGCUGGGCUUCUGGCGGCAGCAACUGCUGUUUCCGGGUCAAGCGCCCACAACAACAGCGCUAUCUAUAAGGCUUUAUAUGCUGCUCACUCGAGUUCGACUCCGGUCUUCCAAAACGUGUCUGGUCAAUCGGUGAAUCCCUUGGUCCGUGUACUUCAAGGCUUAACCAAAGAUGUCCGUUCCCUGGUGAAGAGGGAUGAGCUCCCUGUAGGCAUUUGUGCGCCAGGUACUCCUUGUGUCAAUGGUGCUUGCUGCAGUAAGAAAGGAAUCUGUGGGUUCUCGCCCGACGAGUGUGGCAAGGACACUUGCAUUUCGGACUGUGAUGCAAAGGCCGAAUGCGGACAGUCAUCCACGCGGAAAUGCGACAAGCGCCAACCGUCGGACAUCGACAUUGUGUCUUUGACACACCUCAAUUUUGCAUUUGCAUUCUUCCAUCCGACCACUUUCCAGAUACUUCCAAUGAGUGCCAAUGAUGAAACUCUUUACCCUCAGCUUACAGGUCUCAAAUCCAAGAAGCCGUCACUGAAGACAUGGAUUGCUGUGGGCGGCUGGAGCUUCAACGACGCCACCAACUCCCCAAACACCCAGACAGCCUUUGGCGACAUGGCAAGUAGUGCGGCGAAUCGCCAAACCUUUAUUAAGUCUCUAGUCCAUUUCAUGCAAACCUGGGGCUUUGAUGGCGUUGACCUUGACUGGGAGUAUCCUGGAGCCGAUGAUCGUGGUGGUAACCCUGAUGACACGGCUAACUUUGUCGAGCUGCUUCGAGACAUGAAGAAUGCUUUUCAGGGAAGGUACGGCAUUAGUGUCACUCUACCAGCAUCCUACUGGUAUCUACGAUGGUUUGACCUGCAGGGAAUGCAAGAGCACCUCGACUUCUUCAACAUCAUGACAUAUGAUAUUCACGGCGUAUGGGACGCCUCUAACAAGAACACCGGUCCCUACGUACGCCCCCAUACCAAUAUCACUGAGAUCAAGUUAGGUCUUGACCUCUUAUGGAGAAACGACGUGGAUCCCUCUCGGGUAAAUUUUGGGCUUGGGUGGUACGGUCGUUCAUUUACGCUGGAAGAUCCAAGCUGCAACCAGCCCAAUUGCAUCUUUAGCUACGGCGGUAAACCUGGGGAGUGUACUAACUCAUCAGGGACACUUUCUAAUUCCGAGAUCCGGCGUAUUAUUACUGAGAACAACCUUACUCCAACUCUUAAUGCUGAAGCCGCUGUCAAGUGGAUUUCCUGGGAUAGUAACCAGUGGGUCUCAUACGAUGACGGGGAGACCAUCCAGAUGAAGAUAGCAGAAGCAAACAAACUAUGCCUUGGUGGCGUGUUGAUCUGGGCAGUUGACCUUGAUGACUUAGAUCAUAGCAGUUCAAACGAUAUGCUUGGUAUAGGACCAUCAAAUGGUGUUUCCCCUGCCGAUACAGAGACAUUCAGGAAACAAAAAGGAUCAAUAGAGCGGGCUGCUACAAUUGCCAACUCUUGCUACUGGACAUUCUGCGGAGGCCAGUGUGUUGAGCGCUAUACCUCGCACGCGUAUGCUAAAGGGCAGGUUCCGAACAUCGACGGCGACGAGUCAUGCAGGGAUGGCACUGUUCGCACAUUAUGUUGUGCACCUGGGACAACCACUGGGACUUGCUCAUGGAAUGGCUGGAAUGGAGUGGGCAUGGCCUGCUCGACCGAGUAUUGCCCCAGCGGCACAGAGUUGAUUGCGAUGAACACCAAUUCAUACGAAGAAGACACGGAUUUGCGCAUCAACAAUAACCUUACCUGCACCGGUGGAGCGCAGUCGUACUGCUGCUCCGGAUUCGUGCCCUCUCAACUCGCCAACACCGACAGCCUAUCGUUGUUAGGCGACUAUCGCCCAGUAGAUGAAGACCAGAAGGAACUCAGUAUGAGAAGCGAACCCAGCAAAUUAGGGGAUGUUUGCCAGACUUCCGUGCUAGCCAGUGUAGCAACCUUUUUGGGUGCGUUUGGUGUACUUGGAGAGAGUCUAAUGACAGGCCUGGCUAUGGUCGCCUGUUUCACCAAAGUAUUCCAUCGCAUCCAUCACGGCGACGAGUCUCAUGGCUCCCAAGGCAACGUGGAGGGCAGUAAGCCUCAUAGCCUCCAAGACGACAUUGUGAAUCGACUCGGCCAGGGGCCUGCCGGAAUCGGGCAAAAGCCCACGGAUCGCAAUCAGAACAAGCCGAGCAAUCCGAAGGGAAAAUUUGGCCGCUAUCAGCAGGUCGUGUAUAAGAAAGGCACUAAGGAUUGCCAAGUCACUUACACUUGUGAAUAUGGGCUCGGCUUCGACGAGACCUGCGAUAAUAUGCGCUGGGCGAUUGAAGUUGGGUUCGACGGUGACAAGGUCUAUCACAAGGCCCAGAGCAGGUUCGCACAGACGUAUGCGGAAAGGUGGUACAAGACCCGUGACCCGGCGUACCGCGACCUCGCAGCCCGACCACCAGGGUGGCCAAAAGGUCGCGGCGAUCAGCCUCGCUGCAAUGUGGAAGAAUUUCCUUUCGGGUCACUCCAAGAGGCGGGCAACAACAAUUACCAGAUUCUUCGUUUCGUGAGCCGGGACGUGAACAGUGCGCACAGUGAAGACUGGAAUGCUUGGUUAAAUGCAGUAUGGUGGCCCUGCCAAAGACUCCGGAAACAGCGCAAAAUCGAGCCCAAUGGCCCUCCAAUCACCAUGACAUGGUCACCAUUCAAGGAGGGUGAUAACCGAAUCAAGGCCAAUAACGAGGCCCCUCAUAAUAAGGCCCCUCAUUUCAUCGAGGCUUACGGGUUCAACUCCCAAGGUGCCACUGAAUGCUUCCCAACAUACACUUAUCCCGUGGAACAUGGGACGGCUGUGACUGCAACCACCAAAACCUUAACCGACUAUGGCUUUCGAGUACAUCCCGAGGACCCAAUGUUCCUCAUUCCCUACCAAUACCCUUACAAUGAGUAUAUGCGGACUCCCCCUACCGCCGACAGACCCCACGAUUUCGACCAGGUCAACUGGCUAAGAAUCAAGCGAGAUGUCACUCUGGGUGUGCUAAACCAGGAUCUGCCAUUGUCCGCCAUUCAGGAAGCUGAAGAAGCCGAAACAGUGUCAAAGGUUGCGGAAGCCUUCUUGAAACACCGGUCUGGGGCAGAGGAGCCGGCUGCAACAAAUGCAGCCGAGUUUUCCAUACCAGUCGAGACUGAUACGGUGGCGGGGAGUAGUUGGCAGCCUUGGAGCGAACAACACGUACCUGUUGAAACAGGGGUGCCUGAGCCCGAGGAGGAGAAAGAUAGUGAUAGCCGCAUGAUGCGGAGAAGGCGGCAGCAUUUGCAGGAACACCAGCGGGGACAUGCUGGUGGUCAUGGACAUUUAACUUGA